AUGGGGAGUUCCGAGACGGUGUUGUUAGACUUUUGGCCAAGUAUGUUCGGUAUGAGGGUAAGAAUUGCUUUGGCCGAAAAGGGUGUCGAGUACGAGUACAAAGAACAAGACUUGGCCAACAAAAGCUCGUUGCUCCUUGAGAUGAACCCGAUUCACAAGAAAAUCCCGGUCUUAAUACACAACGGAAAGCCCGUCUUAGAAUCCAACAUUAUCGUUCAAUAUAUCGACGAGACAUGGAAAGAUAAGUCGCCGUUGUUGCCUUCCGAUCCUUAUCUUCGGGCUCAAGCCAGGUUCUGGGCUGACUAUGUCGACAAGAAAGUUUAUGAUGCAUCAAAGAAAAUUUGGACAUUAAAGGGUGAAGAACAGGAAAGAGGGAAGAAGGAAUUCAUAGAGAUUCUGAAGGUGUUGGAAGGGCAGAUUGGGGAUAAACCAUAUUUUAUGGGUGAGUCCUUUGGGUAUGCAGAUAUUGCACUUGUGCCCUUCUACUGUUGGUUUUAUACAUUUGAGACCCUUGGGAAUUUUAGUAUUGAAAAAGAGUGCCCAAAGUUGAUUGCAUGGGCCAAAAGGUGCAUGCAGAGGGACACUGUUUCCAAGACUCUCCCUCAUUCCCAUCGUAUUUACGAGGCUUUCUUGGAGAUAAAAAGGAAGUUCGGUUUAUAG